CGCUACUGGAUUGAGAAAAGUUCGUCAUCUCACCUUUCUGAUUUCCACAACAUAUCUACGUGCAAUCACUUCUAGAACAAACCACCACAAUCUUGGCAUGAAGAUGACGAUCAAUACUGGGCCAGAAGCUUUGUUGUCUCAUUUGCAGAAUGCUGACGGCUCUGCGACAUUCUCUUACGCAGGCUAUACCGUGGUCGGAGCUGUAAAUGGGCCCAUCGAGGUGCAGAGACGAGACGAGCUCCCCGAAGAGGCGGUUGUCGAUGUGAUCGUACGACCAGCUGCAGGGGUUGGAGGCACCCGAGAGAGGCACUUGGAAUCAUUGAUUCAAUCGACUUUACGCCAAAUUAUUCUCAUCAAUAACUUCCCGAGGACCCUCAUCCAGGUCAUCCUACAAGUGACCACCGCUCCGGAGAACGAAUAUGUAAAUGCCAAAACUGUCCAAGCCAGCUCGAAUUUGCCUCUUCUACCCGCUCUGCUUCAGACAGCAGUACUGUCCCUCCUUUCCGCUGCCCUUCCUCUAACGACGACGUUGACUUCGACUUCCUUGGCUAUUAUCGCGGAUGGUCAAUCGAAUAAGAUCGUCCUAAAUCCUUCGCCGCGAGAAGUCGAAACCUCACAAUCCUUCCACGUCUUCUCGUUUACCUCACACGAUGAACCCAUCCUCGUGGAGAGUGAAGGAAGCUUCACAAUGAAAGAGUGGGACGAUGCAUUUGCUGCUGCCCAACGUCAAUGUUGCCAAUCGACCAUCAUUAAUGAUGGUGACACUCGCAUGGACGACAGUAACUCUGCGGAUGCAAAUCUGAAGCAGUUCACACGAUCUACGCUGGAAGGAAAAAUUGCUUCGGACUUGCACUGGAAGUGAAAAAAAACGUUGCUGUCAGCCUCAGACCCUUAUACGACGAUCAACACGUGCCACGGGGAGUGUUCUAGAAGAAUGACUGGCUAGAACCUUCAACUGUGGAAGCGCCAGACCGCUGGUCUGGAAUAUGGCAUAAUCACAGGGAAUAUGCUAGGCUGACUCUCCCCAGACGUGUUUGAUACUCCCGAACGGAUGUAUUGCCUCUAAGAAGAUAUUCGAGAUCUUCUACCAGGUAUGGUGGAUCAACUGGUUAAGGCAAUAUGGUCUGUUGUUUACGAACGUAGUUG